AGUAUUAUACUUGAUAAAUAAAAAUCUAAUCAUGAUUACUUGUUCUUAUCACUUUCGUAUCAGUUUCCAAUUUAAAACCGGAUCAACAAGAAAUAAAAAUGUCUUCUCCCUUUGAUGUGGAUGAAAUAAUUAAAACUCUCCUCGCUGCGAAACAAAACAACAAAACAAAGAAAGUGAAUUUAAAAGAAAGCGAUAUUAUCUCACUAUGUCACAAAGUAAGUCAAAUUUUUCUCGAGCAACCGAUGCUUUUGGAAUUGGAAGCCCCCUUGAAGAUUUGUGGCGAUAUUCAUGGCCAAUAUAGCGAUUUGUUGAAAUUAUUCGGAUUUGGGGGAUUCCCACCCGAUGCGAAUUAUCUAUUUUUGGGUGAUUAUGUGGAUCGGGGAAAGCAGUCAUUGGAAUGCAUUUGUUUACUUUUUGCUUACAAAAUCAAGUAUCCAGAGAAUUUCUUCUUGUUGAGGGGGAAUCACGAGGUUUCGGCUGUGUGCAAAAUUUACGGUUUUUUCGACGAAUGUAAACGCCGAUACAAUGUUAAAUUAUUCAAGACUUUCACUGAUGUUUUUAACACUUUACCAGUGGCGGCGGUUAUUGAUGAUAAAAUUUUUUGUUGUCAUGGUGGUAUUAGUCCCGAUUUGUUACACAUUGGCCAAAUUAGGAACAUUGAACGGCCUUGUGACGUCCCCAAUUCCGGCCUUUUAUGUGAUUUGUUAUGGGCUGAUCCAAUCCCAUUAACGGGUUGGCACGAAAACGACCGAGGCGUUUCGUUUUCUUUCGGUCCAGACGUUGUUGCCAAAUUUCUCGAUAAGCAUGAUUUUGAUUUGAUUUGUCGCGGGCAUCAGGUUGUUGAAGAUGGUUACGAGUUUUUUGCACAAAGAAAACUAAUCACUGUUUUUUCUGCUCCGAAUUAUUGUGGAUCUUUUGAUAACGCUGGGGCUUUAAUGUCUGUCAAUGCGGAUCUACUUUGCUCAUUUCAGAUUUUAAAACCAACAAAGAUUGUCACGUGAUACAAUUAGUAAUUUUAGUGCUUGUAAGUUGGCAAGACACAAGUGCAAUUAAAUAUGCAUGUCAUUUAAGUAUUCCUCAUUAUGUAAUUGUGCAUAUUUAGGAAAAUCAAACGUUUCGUCUUCAUCAUCCUCAUCAUCAUGAAACACUUUUCUUAUCGUUAUCACAAGUAUUAUUAUUCCAAUAACUGAAAUCACGAUUACGACAUACGAAAUCGUAUCAUCUAUUUAAUCAAAUUAAU